CAUUUGGAUUUUUUAACAAUCAUAACCACAAAGGUCCUCCGUCACACGAAAAUCAAUCAGGUGCAUUCAUUCGCACAAGUAACUUCAUAUUUUACAUAUGUUCACCCUUUUCAAAAAUACAUUUCCAUCCUGCAACACAACCAUAGUGCAAGAUAGAACAAGUUGUUAGUAAGAAAUCUAUGCAAGAAAUUGAGUAACAAACCUAAAAAUUCUCGUACCACCCUUAAUCCCUAAGAAAACCACUUCCCUUGGUUUGCAUGAGACAGCAUCGUGGCGCGUUUGUUUCAUUUCCAACAAAAACAUGGACGUUCGUGACAUGGCAUACCGUUACUUAACCCAACUAAACCACGCUUCCGCCACUCAAACCAUCGCACGUGCCGUCCAUGCACACAUCCUCACCUCCGGUUUCAAACCAAACACUUUCAUCCUCAACCGUCUCAUCAACUUCUACUGCAAAUCCUCCAACAUCACUUACGCUCGUAAACUGUUCGAUAAAAUUCCCAAACCAGAUAUAGUCGCCAGAACCACUCUUCUCUCAGCAUAUUCCUCCUCCGGUGAUAUCAAACUCGCCCGACAACUCUUCAACGCCAUCCCACUCGUUAUUCGCGAUACCAUCAGUUACAAUGCCAUGAUCACUGCUUACUCUCACGGUAACGAUGGCCACACUGCACUCAAUCUCUUUGUUCAAAUGAGAAGACAAGGGUUUUUUCCUGAUCCUUUUACGUUCUCCAGUGUGCUUUCUGCUCUCUCAAUCAUAGCAGACGAGGAGUGGCAUUGUCAAAUGCUGCAUUGUGAGGUUAUCAAAUGGGGAACAAUGUCAAUACCUUCUGUUUUGAAUGCGCUUUUGAGUUGCUAUGUUUGUUGCGGUUCUUCGCCUUUGGUGAAAUCAUCUCAGUUGAUGGAUUCUGCUAGGAAGGUUUUUGAUGAGGCUCCUAAGAAUCAGGUGUAUGAACCUUCAUGGACUACCAUGAUUGCUGGUUAUGUGAGGAAUGAUGAUCUCGCUGCAGCGCGUGAGCUUCUUGAUGGAAUGACUUACCCUAUUGAUGUUGCUUGGAAUGCCAUGAUUUCUGGUUAUGUUCGACGUGGUUUAUAUGAAGAGGCGUUUGACAUGUUCAGGAGAAUGCAUUCUAUGGGAAUGCAGGAGGAUGAGUAUACUUACACCAGUUUGAUUAGUGCUUGUGCUUCUGGUAAUGUGAGGAGGGGGAUGUUCAAUUAUGGAAGACAGGUGCAUGGUUAUAUUCUCCGGACAGUGGUGGAGCCAUCACAGCACUUUGUUUUGUCUGUUAGUAAUGCUUUGAUUACUUUCUACACUAAGUAUGGUAGAAUGGUGGAGGCGAGGCGAGUCUUUGAUAGAAUGCCUGUGAGAGAUAUUGUUUCCUGGAAUGCUGUUUUGUCGGGGUAUGUCAAUGCACGGCGCAUUGAGGAAGCUAAUUCUAUUUUCAGGGAGAUGCCUAAGAGAAACGUGCUGACUUGGACAGUGAUGAUAUCUGGUUUGGCGCAGAAUGGUUUUGGAGAAGAAGGUUUGAAGCUCUUCAACCAGAUGAAGUCAGAGGGGCUAGAACCCUGUGAUUAUGCUUACGCUGGGGCGAUUACAUCUUGUGCUGUUCUUGGGUCGUUGGACAAUGGACAACAAAUUCAUUCUCAGGUAAUUCGAUUGGGCCAUGAUUCAGGCCUCUCUGCCGGUAAUGCGCUGAUUACCAUGUACGCAAGGUGCGGUGUUGUUGAAUCUGCUGAAUCCGUGUUUCUCACAAUGCCUUAUGUGGAUUCAGUAUCUUGGAAUGCUAUGAUUGCAGCUCUUGCACAACACGGACACGGUGUCCAAGCCAUUGAGCUUUUUGAACAGAUGUUGAAGGAAGAUAUUUUGCCUGAUAGGAUAACUUUCCUCACAAUUCUUACUGCUUGCAACCAUGCAGGCUUGGUCAAAGAGGCACACCAUUAUUUUGAUACGAUGUGCUCUCGUUACAAUAUAACCCCAGGAGAGGAUCAUUAUGCCCGUUUAAUUGAUUUGUUGUGUCGUGCGGGUAUGUUCUCAGAAGCAAAGAGUGUAAUCAAAUCAAUGCCUUUUGAACCCGGUGCGCCAAUUUGGGAAGCUUUUCUUGCUGGUUGUCGGAUUCAUGGGAACAUUGAAUUGGGCAUUCAAGCUGCUGACCGACUCCUUGAGCUUAUUCCACAGCAAGACGGAACCUACAUAAUUCUUUCCAAUAUGUAUGCUGCUUUAGGUCAGUGGGACGAAGUGGCUAGGGUGAGGUUACUGAUGAGGGAACGGGGAGUGAAGAAGGAACCUGGUUGUAGUUGGGUUGAGGUCGAAAACAUGGUCCAUGUCUUUUUGGCUGAUGAUGCUAGACACCCUGAGGUACAAGCGGUGUACACAUAUCUGGAGCAACUGGUACAUGAAAUGAGGAAAUUGGGGUAUGUUCCUGAUACAAAGUUUGUAUUACAUGAUAUGGAAUCUGAGCAUAAGGAACAAGCCUUGUCUACCCACAGUGAAAAACUGGCUGUUGUAUACGGAAUUAUGAAGCUUCCUUUAGGAGCUACGAUUCGUGUUUUCAAAAAUUUGAGAAUAUGUGGAGACUGCCACAAUGCAUUCAAAUUUAUUUCCAAAGUAGUUGGACGAGAGAUAGUUGUGAGAGAUAGGAAGAGGUUUCAUCAUUUUAGAAAUGGAGAAUGUUCUUGCGGCAACUACUGGUAGGAAGAGGUUCUGUUAUUUGAUUGUCAUCAAAGGUUAACGAAUGUCAAAAUUGAUCAAGUGGAUUUUGAAUAUAUAUGAAUGGAGCCUGGAGCUUUCACAAUAUGAAAUUCAAAAUUAAGACUGAUAUUGGCCCCAAAAUGUUUUCCAAAAGGACAUGCCAAAGCCACAUUGGAAUGGAUGUCCAUGAUCCUCAGUUUGUUUUGGCGGUCUACUGGUUGGAAAUUUGUCUUCUCCUAUUGCACCUCCUUGCACACAAAUGCUAGAGUUGGUUAUUGCUAUUUCAUGUCAUAAGGAAUGGAGGUGGUACAGUGAUUAAACACAGCAGUACCUUCUGGUUGGUAGCUGUAGUGUUGCAUGCCAUCUCGGUGGCCAUGAAUUUGGCAGGGUGGAAGGAGCUAUGAGGCGGUGCUAAUGCCGUAGCUUCUUUGAUUUGAAAAAGGGACAGAUUACAGAAUUUUGUACCCUGUGAUCGAUUCUCUGUUCAGUGCUCAUCAAUGUUAAGGUGGAUUUGUUGCUGCCUGGUGAUUUUACAAAGAAGCUUACUUUAGAGGAGCUUUUUCAAUCCAACAUAUGGACAUUGGACUCUAGUAUGAAGUGGAGAUUCUAACUGAACUAACCGAGGAUGCACAACAAACAAGGAAAGAAGCAUUCUUAUGGAGUACUUUUAGUUUUAUUGUUAUUGUCUUUUCAAAGUUGAAGGCCAGUCAACCAAAAAUAGCAGUGAGAAUCAUCCUGAUUGCACACAUAUACUUCUUUUCAGGAGUGCUAGACAAUGGUGCUAAAGUAAUGGCCUUUACCUCGUCUCCUUCUGGGUUCUGCUGUUUUUUGGGCUGCCUCAAGGAUCUGAUAUAAAAUUUAUAAAUUUUCAUAUUUAUGCUAUCAUACAUAAAGUGAAAAUCAUAGAUAUAUCUAUCUCUAUAACGCUUGAAAUUAAGGAAUGGACUUUUUAACGUGUCUCCUGGGCAGUAUUAAAGCAACACAGAAAUAUGUAUUCUGCAAUAAACAAUUAUGUGUUUUCCUUUGUCUCAUGUUAAAUGACUUCCUCUUCCUUUUCCAUAUGCUAUAAUCAAAUAGAAAGAAAAAUAAACAAUCCUCAUAAUCUUUAAUUGGGGUAUCAACAAUUGGCUUAAAGCAUAACUUUGGCAAAUUGACAGCAAUGAAAUAAAUUUACUGAGGAAUUUGAUAUAGUGCUAUUUUUGUGUCAAUGUAUAUUUAGGCUAGAGAAGCAUCGUACUCACUUGAUAAUGAUAGUAUCAAACAAAGCAUCUUUUUGCUCAAACCAAGACUCAUUGAAAAUGCCUCUUCGCUUUUUUGAAUCACUGAGCACUUCGGACUGGAAAAGGUCAGAUGCUGACACUAAUUUUCUGUUAAACAUUGGACCACUCCAAUGAACUUUCAGUUCUUCAGAGUAGAUAGAUCAAUAUUUUGAUAUUUUAAAUUACAAAAGUUAAGUAGUUUAGUCCUUAAAGCUUGAAGCUUAUUUAUGUGGUGCAUAAGCCUGCUUAAGUGUAAUCGUCAUAGUAGGAAAAGUUGGUUAGCAUUAAAAAAUUUGUUAAUCAAUCAAAAUCAAUAAAGAAUUGGAAAGUGUAUAUGGCAUUUUUUCACCCUCCUCGAUUUGGUGAGAGACUGAAAAACAGAAAACAGGCCAAAACAUUUUCCAAGAGAACGUGAGAGGAAAGCAAAGCCUUAAAAGAAGUCACAUGCUAGUAAUGCGAAACGAUUCCUUUUUGAGGUUAAUGUCAUAAAGUAGACCCCCAAAUAUUGUGCCUACUUUUCCUUCUCCCCUCAAUAUUUAGAGUCUUGACUUGUGAAGUUAUGUAUCUGUCAUUGUCCAUGCUAAACACAAAAGGCAAAAUAAUUGAGUGCAUCUCUCAAUUUUCCCUAAGUUUGACAAAAAAAUUAAAAUGUACAACUAUGAAGCACAGACACCGAUAAAAAUUUGAACAAACGAACUAAUCAAAUGUAAUUACAAGAGUCAGUGUCAUGCCGGACAUUAACAUGUGUAAGACACCGGGCACUGUAAUUUUGUCAAAGUCAUCGUAAUUUCAAACAAGCGCUGAGUU